AUGGGGAGGCAUUCUUGCUGCUACAAGCAAAAGUUGAGAAAGGGGCUCUGGUCCCCUGAGGAGGAUGAGAAACUCAUGAAUCACAUAACAAAGCAUGGCCAUGGCUGCUGGAGUUCUGUUCCCAAACUCGCUGGGCUCCAAAGGUGCGGAAAGAGUUGUAGGCUGAGGUGGAUAAACUAUCUGAGGCCAGACCUCAAGAGAGGGGCAUUCUCCCAAGACGAAGAAGACCUCAUCAUUGAGCUGCACGCUGUCCUUGGAAACAGGUGGUCUCAAAUUGCAGCACAGCUGCCAGGGAGGACUGAUAAUGAGAUCAAGAAUCUGUGGAACUCAUGCAUCAAGAAGAAGCUGAGGCAGAAAGGCAUUGAUCCCAACACCCACAAGCCCCUUACUGAGGCUGAUCGCAGCGGAGCAGCUCCCACCAUCAGCACCGAGAGAACCUCAGGGUCCAGCGACGUCAACCCAUCAAGCGCUGGUGCUCUGGGGAACUUGAGCCACCUCCUCAGCGAGACGGCUCAAUCAUCAAUGCUGAUGCCCGUGUAUGACAAGAAUCGCGCUGAAACUCCAAACUUGGCACGCCCUAAGGUGCCACCAAAGGAGUUGUUCCUGGAGCAGCUUACUGCUGGACACGAGAGUCCAUCAACCUGCCGCUCAUCAGCCCAAACUCUCUAUUUCCCUUUCCAACAGCCUUUAGGCUACAACAGUGAGAGUGGCAGUGGCGAUGGGGCGAAUAUGAAUUCACUCUGGUUCAACCAGAGUGACUUCAACUGCAGCACAAUUUCUACAGUGAUGCCGCCAGUUUCACCAUCAGCCCUCUCUACAUCAAUGGGGCUGAAUCUUCCGCCUGAUAAUCCUCGACAUGGAGGAACUGGCAUUGGAAGUACCGCAGUAGAUUCAUUCUACUGGGAUGGUACUAAUCCUAGCAGCAGUAGCAGUACUGGGAGCAGAGGAAGCAAUAGUAUGGGAUUUGAACCACAGAGCACGAGCUCAAUUCUGGAAAACAGUGUCUUCCCAUGGACAGACAUCGGACAAGAAAAAGAUACAAGGGCUCACCUAGUAGAGGAACUUAAGUGGCCUGACUUGCUCCAUGGAACCUUUGCCGAGACAACCACAGCCAUGCAGAACCAGAGCCAAACGCUCUAUGAUGACGUGAUCAAGGCAGAGAGCCAAUUCAGCAUGGAAGGGAUAUGUGCUUCUUGGUUCCAGAAUCAGCAGCCACAGCAACAACUGCAGGCAGCACCAGACAUGUAUGACAAGGACUUGCAAAGAAUGCAACUGUCUUUUGAGAAUAUCUAG